CGACAGUGUCCGUCCUGGGUGUGAAUGGGUAUGGGGUCCUGGUGGCACCCUUCUCCUCAUAAAACACUUAUCUGCCAUCCCAUGCGACAAGGAUGAAAUUACAAUAUCAUACCAGCAUUGCCGACUGACGAGAACAAAAGAAUGAUUGCCCGCAUUACAGAAUCCCCACCUCCCUCUCAAUAUGGGUCUCCAUUUCGAGUCAUCAUUGUUGGUGCUGCAAUGGCCGGCUUGACCUUAGCCCAUUGCCUCGACAAAGCCGGCAUCGACUAUCUUGUGCUGGAUAAGGGCAUCGUGGCAACACCAUUUGGGACGACUAUUACACUUCAGCCGCAUGGAUGUCGGAUUCUCCACCAACUUGGCAUCCUUGAUGAUGUGCUAGACAGCUGCUCGACCAUGGGCAAAUGCUACUACAGCGCUCCAGAUGGACACUGCUUCUUGGAAAAUGAUUUCAUUCCCAUUGUCAAGAAAUAGUAGGUCGACGUCCGGCAGGAAGACUCAGCUGUUGAAGAUGAGUCCUAACCCUCGUGUUUCAGUGCAGGAUAUGAC